AUGGCAUAUGAUCGAUACGUUGCCAUCUGCAAGCCUCUGCAUUAUGGGAUCAUAAUGAACAGGAGAGCUUGCAUCCAGAUGGCUGCCGGUGCUUGGGCUGCUGGUGCCAUCAACUCUGCAGUGCACACUGGGAACACCUUUAGUCUCCCCUUCUGCCACUCAAAUACCAUCAACCAGUUCUUCUGUGAAAUACCCCAGCUGCUCAAGCUCUCCUGCUCUGGCACAUACCGCAGGGAGCUGGCAGCUCUUGCCUUCAGUGUGUGUUUAGUUUUAGGCUGCUUUGCUUUCAUCAUUGUGUCGUAUGUUCAGAUCUUCACUGCGGUGUGGAGCAUCCCCUCGGAGCAGGGCCAUCAGAAAGCCUUCUCCACCUGCAUUCCUCACCUUAUCGUGGUCUCCCUGUUUCUUUCCACUGCCAUCAUUGCCUACUUUAAACCCAUCUCUGACUCCCCGUCCCCCUUGGAUCUCCUGGCAGCUGUUCUGUAUUGUGUGGUGCCUCCAUUGAUGAAUCCGGUCAUCUACAGCAUGAGGAACAAGGAGAUCCAAGCUGCCCUGAGGAAACUGCCGCAAAGGCAGAUCCUCUCCAAGAACAACAUGUCUAUCUUUCUUUCAUGA